GUCACGGGGUGUAUCGAACGACUCUAAGAAAGGCAAUUCAUGGUAAUACAAUUUUAAGAAGAAGAAGCAGUAAUGAACAAAAUCAACGGCUACGGAAAUUGAAGACUCAACAAGCUCGCCGUCGAAUGACUUGAUUUAUUUUGAACUAAGAACACGUACGGGCAACGCAUAAAUUACUAUUAACUAUGGCGACAGCAACGAAAGAACUGGACUUUUUGGUUGUCAUGAACGCAAACGGGCCGGGCAGCGCAGAGAACAGGCAGAAAGGAAUCGCGAAACUGCUAGAGGAAGAAAAACCUCUGUUAGUUUUCAUGGAAGAGUUUAACUGGAGGAACCUUCACCAAAGACAGUGGAAGAGUCUUGAAGUGCCGGAUUAUUAUCAAUAUGUUGGGCAUGCGGAGGCCGGUUUUGUGUACGACAGAGAUAAGAUAACUCUCACACGAUACAACGACGAGACGGACGUUAUUCAUAUGCACGAUGAUAUUUGGAAAAAUAGCAAAUCAAAUGAAUACGCCAAACUCUCCCGAAUGUGCAUCUGUGUGAUAGAGAGUACAAGAGCCCCGAGUUUUAAACUGCUCAUCAUCUCUUGGCACGGACCUCACGAGUGCGCAAUCCCCAUGAAGGAAGCGGUGGCCAGGUUGUUUUGUGAGUUCAUCAUUUUACUCAAGGGCAAAUAUCAACUCCCGGUGAUUGUGGGUGGAGGCUUCAACCUGAAGGCGACUUCUGUGGAGAAGUGUCUGCGCGAAGAUCUCCACGUGAUCAAAGUGUCUGAGUUCGACAAAGACAUGUUACUCGUUGACAAGGACGUCUCGCACAUCACAGACGAGGAUCAGCUCGAAUACGUUACGUGGAAGACUGGCAGAAUAGAAGACACUUUCAAACAUGUUCCACUGAAGAUAGCGUUUCAUCCCCGAGUCUCUCAUACUGGUCCAGCAGUCGUUACAGACGAAACUAAGCUCAAAAAAGAUAAUAUUAGCCAAACGAGUGAAACUGGAUCCAGAAUGUCAGAAGAGCAUUGUGAUGCAAUCCGAGUUAACUGGACCUACCUGUUGGGCGAAAUCGAUUCUGACAGUCUUGUAGACUACCUUUUCGAGAAAAAUAUUUUCUCCCUGAGAGACCUUGACGACAUAAGCCAGCUAGAUACAACUAGAGUUAAAAACAAGAGUUUCCUCAGGAAACUUCUCAGUGCUGGGCCAAACGCAUAUCCUGAAUUUCUAGUUGCUCUCGAAAAAGAAAACCAGAAACAUGUUGCUCAUCACCUCCAACAACAUAAUAAUAUUAGGCAAACGAGUGAAACUGGAUCCAGAAUGUCAGAAGAGCAUUUUGAUGCAAUCUGCGCUAACUGGACCUACCUGUUGGACGAAAUCGAUUCUGACAGUCUUGUAGACUACCUUUUCGAGAAAAGGAUUUUCUCCCUGAGAGACCUUAACGACAUAAGCCAGCUACAUACAAAGAAAGUUAAAAACAAGAGCUUUCUCAGGAAACUUCUGACUGCUUCGCCAAAUGCAUAUCCUGAAUUUCUAGUUGCUCUCGAAAAAGAAAACCAGAAAUAUGUUGCUCAUCACCUCCAACAACGUUUCGUCAACAAAUGCUGUGGCCAAUGGAGGUGCAGGCAUAUUUAUCAAGCUCCCUUCAAGAAAUACCCUAACUGCAAAAGUACCAACCGGCACCCACAGUUCCAACUACAAUGCAGAAACCCAUGCACUUAUUCAGGCUGCUACAAUGAUCAAGGAUGCAAAAGAAGACUGUCAACAAGUUGUCUUCCUCACAGAUGCUCUCUCAGUCCUACAAGCCUUGCAAGGGGAAAAACUUCCUCACCUGAAUGAAGCCAUGCAAGAG